GGUAUUCGCUCUAAAUGCAGUGACUCGCUCGGUCGAACUUAACACAUUGCAGUUAGAAAAUAGGUUGAUUUAGCACAAAUCUCAGCUACAUCUUGCGUGCUUAGAAGUCGGCAAAGCAAAGCAUGUGUAUGUUAGACAAAGCAGUGAAUUAGACCGGUUCGCUUGGCGCCCCAUUGGCGCCGAAGCUCAGAAGUCAUAUAAAUAGCAUGUAACACUAGCUCUGGCUUUCAAAGUGUACUUUCUCUAGGAGAAAAAGUCACCGCUCGCUGGAGCUCGCUGAACAAAUAAAUCUCCGACGAGGUUUCUCGCGAGUUGGCACUUUGAAGAUGGAAGCUGUGACUCCUGAACAUAGAUGGAUUCAUCCGACAGUUAGUCAGCAACACGAAAGCGCUCAUGCAAGCGAGAGAAUGCAGCCAUCUGCCCCGAACUGCGCAGCAAACAACAUGAAUUUGGUUGAGACGAACCAACUUCUUCCACCAGACGAGGUCGACGUUUUCUUUCACCACCUCGACAGUUCGGGAAACGCAACAAAUUGGCCGUACGCUUCUGGCGGCCGAAGCUAUCGCCCGUCAAUGUGCCAAAUGGCUGCGCACGGUGCAACAGCUUUUCAAGAUCCUCAAAGCCAGUCUGGGCCUCAAGGAAGCUGUAGCCGGGUGUUCUUGCCAACGGCACGCGUUCCUCCCGGUCAGGUUUGUCGUCCUCACUUCCACACGCCGAUCCAGUGGAUCGAGAGCAAGCCAGCUCCUGGUCUGAUGUCGCACGGGUGUUCCACCGCAACUCCACCGUCAGUGUGGUGUUCUUCCUUCCAGCAGGGACAUCGACCGAGUCCUGUGCCUGUUUCAAUGCCACCUUCGGCGGUUUCAGGCUCCAUGUCGUUGUCUCACAGCUCCGCGCACUUGUUCCCUUUCCCUCCUACCCCGCCAAAGGAAAGCUCUGGUGAGAGCGGAGUCAUUGGGAGUGAAAUUUUCAGCUACGGUAGUGAAGAGAAGACGCGUUUGAAAGCCGGAAUGCCGCUUGUAUCCCCGAGACCUGACACAACACCUUUCGCAGGUUAUCCUUCACAAGCUCUCCCACAUUACGUUGGCUCAGAGCUAAAUAUGUCUUCUUUCGGUCCACUGCCUGGUUUGCCCGGGCUAAUGGCGAAUAGAAACUUUCCUAGAACGAGAACCAAGAGCCGAUCGAAUUCAGCCGAUGGGCGCGAAUGUGUCAACUGUGGGGCUACUUCAACUCCUUUAUGGCGGAGAGAUGGUGGCGGUCAUUACUUGUGCAACGCCUGUGGUUUGUACCAUAAAAUGAACGGAGCCAGCCGGCCGCUUAUUAAACCUAAACGAAGAUUGUCGGCAGCCCGCAGAGCUGGAACAUCGUGUGCUAAUUGCCAUACUACUCAAACGACGUUGUGGCGACGAAACCAAAAUGGGGAUCCUGUCUGUAACGCUUGUGGACUUUACUGGAAAUUACACGCGGUGAACCGCCCGCUCUCGAUGAAGAAAGACGGUAUACAAACAAGGAACAGAAAAGUUUCUUCCAAAAACAAGAACAAGUCCAAGGGAGUGAAACAAGAACAGAAACACGGCAGCGAAGACAAGCUUAUGAGUCAUGGCAGAGACUCCAUGCCAAGCAUCAGUCAAGGGAGUUCGGCAUCUUCCAUGAUAAGUCCUGUCAUAAGUCCUACGAUUCAUACACCGACGGCAUUUUCAAGGCCAUCCAUGACAGGAAUUCCGACGCUUCACCCAGGUCUUUAUGGACCGCUUAUUCCGACUGCUACCACCAAUCCGUCAAGUUAUUUAUCAGCACCUCCGUCUGUAUCGAUAAACGCUUCGUAGGACAUUACGGAAAGACUUAGCAGAUUCUUUAAAGGGACCUUUAAACGUUUGAAGCGAGAAUAACAUUUGGAACUGACUAGCAAGCCCGCUUCAGAGGAAAACUUUUUAACCGUUAUUUGGUCGGCACGCCCGCUAGUCCGUUCCAAGUUAUAAUACAAACUCUCACCUAUAUCUUAACAUAAAUCAAUCAGUGAACUUUCGUCCACGUAAAGGCCGAGGGAAAAAGAAAAGGAGAAACAGGUACAAUUUAAGUUGAAACGAAGCGUACCUUAGCCGAAAUAUGCUCUGUCUUGGGUUUCAAUUCACGCGCUGGAAUAGCCUCGCGAGAAUUUAAGGAACUGAAAAGUUGCUUCGCAAACGAUCUUGAAAGGAGAACCGCUUGUACAAAAUGCAAUGAUAUUCUUGAUGAUAUUCUUUUUAGGGUUAUGGACAGUUUAAAUAUUGUACAAGGCUUUGAUAAGAUUAGGUGUUAGGAUGGAGAAUUUUAACUUUCUUACAGAUAAAGCCGCCCUGCCUCUGCUCACUGAGACGAUAAAAGUUCUCAUAUUUGAUUUCAUGAUAUUUGUGUAUAAUUAAAAGCUUUAUCGAAUACUCGUAUAUCGCUCCUUGUCUCAAGGUUCGAAAAAUCUGUGAGAUAUGAGACCGUAUCGCCCCAAAGAGAAGAUAUUCGUUGUAAAUAUUAAACUCGAGAAAAUACUGAAUGAAUUCAUGCAGGUUGUGUUAUCAGGCGGUACUGAUGUCUUCCAUAGGCUAUUCUGUUUAUCGUCAAGAAAGAUUCUGUGAUAUCUUAACUUGAUGUUAAGUUCUUUUUAUCGUAUCGUAGUUCUUUAUUAGUAUAAUAGUUUUUAGUUGAAUUACAAAAUUUCCAGUUAUUUCCAAGUCUUCUUUACCUUAACCUGUAUGAAUAUCUUUUACUCUGUGAAUCGUAUUAAGACGAUAAAGAAAAACAUUAAAAUAUUAUAUAUAUCUAUAUAAAUAUAUGAACAUUCAAGAUGAAAACAAGGGAGAAAGAAGAAGAAUAAAGCAAAAUGUCCACAGAAAAAUGUCUGAGGUUACUGCUUUUAUUUUGUGGUAACUUAAUUACUGAAAACCGUGUUUUGGUUUUUAAGGAUGAAACGUCAGCCGAAAACUGAAAACUCUUUCAGAAAUCAAAGCGUGCUCGUCAUGAUAUCUUCAACUAGAUUGUGCUUUUAGCAGAAACGGAAACAAAACCAAACUCAAGGUGUAAAUUAGCCCUAAUAUUUCUAAUUAGAACGUUGAAAAUCUCUUGACAUAAACCAUGUCAAAUGUACGUGUGUAUCACUAAUUUCUUCUGUGUUCGAACUGCGGGCAACUUAAAAAGAUUGGGGAAGUGAAAAGUCAGUGGCAUGUUAUUAAGCUAUCCCAAUCGACUUGUUCCUUUUAACAGCUUCGAGGUUUUAUUCUUAAUAAUGGUCUAACUGGCGAUAUAAACAGAAGCUAUAAUCACCUUUAAACGAGAAAUAAAUUGUA